UUAUGAAUCCGCUUAUGCUUUUUAUCUAUAUCCAAAUAGUAGCUUUUAAUUUGAUCUAUAUAAAUCUCCACUCAAUCUUUUCAACUUCCACUGAUUAGCAGUACAGUACCAUAAACUCAGAUUUCCACUCAUACAAUGCAAAAUUCCCCGCUAGACAAAAAUAUCAUUUCCAACAUUGUAAAAAAUGAGCAUUCUUGAAAGACAAAGAGUCAUGUUUGAACGUUUGUACCAAUGCCAACAACAGCAAAUUUCUAAUUCUUUGCCAAAUCAAAAUCUUGUUCAAUUCAACAGUUUGAUAAGUGAACAUACAAUGGAAUUCAGUCAAUUUCAGAAUUUUCCCAUCAAGAUUGACACACAAAUGGAUUUUGGAAGAGAAAAGAGGAAUUGGACGAAUAAGAAGAGAAAAUCAGAGUUUAAUGAACAUGAUGAUGAAUGUAAAGGAAAAAAGCAUGAAGGAGAAGCAGGGGAAGUGAAGUCAAAGAUGAUAGUGAAAAGGGAAAAAGGGAAGAAUUCAAAAGAGAAUUUAGAGGUUAAACAAACUGAUUUUAUUCAUGUUAGGGCACGUCGUGGCCAAGCUACUGAUAGCCACAGCUUAGCAGAGAGAGCAAGAAGGGAGAAAAUAAGCAAGAAGAUGAAAUGUUUACAAGAUUUAGUUCCAGGUUGUAACAAAGUGAUAGGUAAAGCAGGGAUGCUUGAUGAAAUCAUCAAUUAUGUUCAAUCUCUUCAGAAACAAGUGGAGUUCCUUUCCAUCAAACUUGCUACUUCAAAUUUGAACACAGAUAAUUUUUUUGCCAAGGAGUUGUUUCCUAAUCCAUCAUGUUUACAAAACAACCUUGUACAACAACAAGAAGAAGGAAACAGUAUUGGUGUUACACAAAUGUUGCCACAAAGAAGAGAAAAUUGUUUGAUGUCUUUCCCAGAAGCUUUUCUUGAUUCUUCAAAUGUUCUGGCAUUACAGCAGCUACCAAAUUUUGAAACUGAUCUACAAUGCCAUUUUGGCGUACGGUUUCCGUAGUAAAAGAAACCAAAUUAUUUAUUUUAAGGUGCAGGAAUGGAAAAUUGCAAUUGUAGUAGAUUUAGUUGCCCUGUCCACAAUAUUUUUGAAGUGAGCAAUUAAAGUACAAAUUUUCUUCAUAUAUUCUAUUACAUUUAUUGGGCAUAUAAGAAUAUGUUUACAUGUAUAGCCAAUGUUGG